CUUCAGCGCGAGUGCAAGCCGCGCUGUUCCCGGUGCGCAAGAACUAGAACUCGUUUCAGGCAAGAGGAAUCCUUCCAAAGGCUCAGCAUUUUUAAACUUCCAUCACUUGGUGGAGAACACAUUUUAAGGAUAUGUUUGCUGAACUUUCAAGGGGCUUUUUCUUUUUUCUGUCCUACAUGCUGCUGAAACCCGUGUUUUCCAUGCAUAAUCAGAUAUGUGACAUAAAGAAGGAACUGGACAAGGAGAAGGGUUUGUGUGAGGCUCAAAUUGAGAACAGAACAUCAGGUUGCAGUGGUAUUUGGGACAAGAUCACCUGCUGGCCAAACGCUGAUGUUGGAGAAGUGGUCACCAUCCCUUGCCCCAAAUAUCUAUUCUACUUCUCAAGGGAGAUUCCAACACUCUCUUCAUUAGGUAACCUGUCGAAGACAUGCACUAAAGAUGGCUGGACUCCAAUUAGCACUGACUCCUACAUAAUUGAUUGUGGCUACAAUCCCAACAGCACGGUGGAUGACGAUGAUACGGGAGACUUCUAUGAUGCUGUCAAAGUAGGUUACACUAUUGGUCACAGUGUGUCCCUUGUUUCUCUCACCGUUGCCAUCAUCAUACUGUGCCUAUUCCGGAAGCUGCACUGCACAAGAAACUAUAUCCACAUGCAUCUCUUUGUGUCGUUCAUUCUGAAAGCCAUCGCUGUCUUCAUCAAGGACGUCGUUCUGUAUGAUGUUGGAGAGACGGACAGUUGCCAUUCAUCUGUGGGAUGUAAGGCAGUGGUGGUAUUUUUCCAAUAUGGAAUCAUGGCCAGUUACUUCUGGCUAUUGGUCGAAGGCCUGUAUCUCCAUGCUCUCCUCGCUGUCUCCUUCUUUUCGGAGAGGAAGUACUUCUGGUGGUACAUCCUGAUUGGAUGGGUGGCUCCAACCAUCUUUAUCUCUGCAUGGGUGAUUACAAAGGCUUAUUUAAAUGAUCCCGGAUGCUGGGAAAUAAUUUAUGACAAACCUUGGUGGAUCAUCAAAACGCCUAUUCUAGUGACUAUUCUUGUCAACUUUUUCCUUUUCAUCUGCAUAAUUCGGAUUUUACGACAGAAGAUGAAUUGUCCCGACAUUGGCAGAAAGGAAUCGAAUCAAUACUCGAGGCUCGCUAAAUCCACAUUACUCUUGAUACCUCUCUUUGGGAUAAACUACAUUAUCUUUGCAUUCAUGCCGGACCACGUCAACUCAAAUCUGAGGAUGGUUUUUGAUCUUAUCCUGGGGUCAUUUCAGGGAUUUGUAGUUGCUGUCUUGUACUGUUUCCUUAAUGGAGAGGUACAAGCCGAGAUUAAGCGUAAAUGGCGCAGAUGGAUGUUACAGCGCUUCUUGGGUGCAGACACAAAGUACCAGCAGCCCUCUAUAGGCAGCAAUGGGAACAACUUCAGCACCCAGAUAACCAUGUUAACAAAAUGCAGCCCCACUGCCCGGCGAGCAUCUGCUUGUCAGGAGCAUUUCUCAGCAAUCUAACCUGGAAAGGCAACAGUCAGUGAUCUGAAUGGGUGAAGUACUUCAGCAGUACAGUUAAGGCUAUGUGCACACCGCAGGUUUCUUUGCCCAUGUGCGACAUGUAUCUGAUAUUUUCAUGCAGUAUGAACAGUCCAAUUCCAAUAUUUUCACAUCCAACCAGGGCCUCUUUCAAAUGUGGACAUAAAUAAGAUAUGUAUCUGAUGCCUCUGCACUAUGAAUUGUGCACAUCCCCAACAAGUGAAAUAUGUCACCACUGUGAACAAGCAAGGGCUCAAGUAGCAUAAAAUUCUCAAAAGUUGCCAUAAAAGAGGUAUGACGGAGACCGCCCGAAGGAACCGUAUUUACUUUGUUAAACAUGUUCACAUUGCGAGGCGCAUAUGUUUAUGCAAUUUGAAUGGCUACACAAAAUAUUGAAAUUGGACAGCACGCCCUGCGUUGUGAACGUAGCCCUAAAUCAAUGGUUCUUAACCUGGGUUCGGCAAAGGUUAAGACACACAUGGCCCUGUUUUCAUAGGCUGACUAAAGGCAAAGUGUUGUUUUAGACUCGGUUUUCGAAUAAUUUGCCCUCAAUUUACGGGCUUUAUUCCAUUUCUUUCAACUGCUAGCCCUCUAUCAAAUGGGAGGAGAAAAUGGUUUGCUCAGUGGAAGAUUGACUAGGUACUAGGUAUGAGGAAGUAUGAUAGACCUACAGGCAGCAUGGAUUGCGCAGUUGAAAAAAAAAAAAAAAACACCUUUGCGUCAUUUACACCAUAAAAAUAGUACCUGAUGUAUGGAUGCAGACAUGAAAACAAAAAAGGAACAGUGUAAACAUGUAAACAGUGCACAUGUGAAACUUGUUUAGCAAGGUUUAGAACCACUGUCCUAGAUCAGGGGUCCUCAACCUUUUUUGCACCACCGACCAGUGUGAUUUGGGUCUUUUUUUCACGGACCGGUGUUGUCAAAUUUUGCACCCUUAUAAAAUUUUGCUCCCAAACCUUUUUUGGCGGUGAAAAAGCCCUCUUUUACUAUUCAGUUGGACUCUCGAUGUUAUCCAACGGUGCUAUAAAACUAUUUUCAUCAUAAACAUACAAGUGCAAAACGAAAAUGGCGUAAAUUAAUGCUUAACGACACGUUAAGUGAGAGAGCUGCGUGCAGUUGUUGAGUGCAGCUAACAUGGCAAACGUAAGUUAAUAUUCCUUUCUUUAAAGAAGGUUUGUAGUGUUAGCUUUGGAAUUGCUGCAUUCGCGGCCAUUUUUAAUUUCACGCCCAUGCCAAAUUUGUCAGAACACCGGCAAUGUGCGGCAGAAAAAUACAGCAAAUAUAAAAUAUAAUUUGGUUUUAGCCCCAUCGUGAUAAGUGCAGGGAAAAUAUAACUCACCCGCUGAAUCAGUGGGAGGCCUGAGUUUGCUUCGUUGAGACGAGAUGGUCCCAUCAAUGUGUGAUGGGAGACUGAGAAAAGCCCACUUCACAAAGAUACGAUGUUAGAAAUGGUAGCACUGUUUUCAAUGCUCUCCUAGCGAUGUCAGGAUAUUCCGGAAUUACUUUAAUCCAGAACCUCGGUAGAGUUGUUGUCUUAAAUGUAAAGUACGUUUAAGGUCGGCGUCAUUUGUGAUCUCUACAAGUUGAUCGUCCUGUUGCACAGACAUGCUCGAAUCACUCGGUUUCUUCACAAACGGGUCACGAAUCCACUCCUUCGCAGUUCGUGGGUCUUAAGUGAUUGGGAAGUAGCAAAGAUUUUGUUUUCUUCAAGGUUGUAGGCUCAUCUUCUGGCUCGUCAGGUGCCCUUUUCCCCGUAAAAAAUCUGUCCAAAGACGUCUGUUUUUCAGUCAUUCUAGUGUUGGAGCUAAUUAUUUCCGGGAACAAAUGUGAUUCGCCCGCCCUACGUCAGACAUUAUUAUCGAGGACAAGCGCACAUAGAUAUACAAAACAAGAUGUACUGCAAGCAGUCCAAUCAUUGGAUUUCUAUGACGACACUACAUCCUGUAGUAUUAUAUCUACAGUAGACAGGGAUACUGGUGUGUUAAUGGGCACAGGCCAAAGUUAAUUUGGCCAUUAUGCAGUUGUUAAUAAAUUAUUAUUUCUUUUGUGGCCCGCUACCAAAUGCCCGAGGCCCUGCGGUUGGGAACCCCUGUCCCUCCCUGAACAUAAGCUCGACCUUCUAUUUUGAUGUAAUUCGUUUAAUUAACUGUGAAAGCACUUAACAUAUUUUUUAACCAAGUGAUUUGCAACCGCAGUGGAAGACAGGGAGGUCAGGAGGAACCUUCUAUUAAGUGAGGCUGACAGCUCUGGCAGUGAAAUAUAACCCAGGUGAUAGACCAGCAUAAUGAUAUUCCGAGAACAUUGUGAAAUGAAAUUUAAUCAUAGUAGAGUUUCAUAAAGCCCACAAUAUUUAUUUGUAGACCACCUGGACUAUGUUGUGCAUGCACUUAACCUAAUAGCCCAUGUUGUUUUGUUUAUGAAAAAACCUAUGUAUAGCAUUCCCAACAUACUGGAUCCUAUCCAGCCCAAGGCAUAAACCGUUAUUGCUGGAUGACAUUCCAAGGUAGAGACGAGACUGAUUAAGCUUGUGCAUCUGAGGUUACUGAGGCUUUUUAUUUAUAUGCAUAGUUGCCUUGAGCUUCUGUCAAUUUGCCUGGGACUCUUGUUUUUAUAAAGUGGCAUAAAGGAUUCAAUUUUUGGUGCAUAAUACUCAGCAUAUAAGUGAUGUAGUAAUGCUACUUGUUUGUUAGUUUCACAAUAGGGCUAGAUCCAGAAGUAUCUGGCCUACAUAAACCAACAUGACAUGUUAGGUGAGUGUUUCUGAGAUUGCGGGAUUGACAUCACAUUUUAUCUACCACGUUCCAAAAGCAUGUACUGGUCCUUCUAAAAAAAAUGGCAAAUUAUGAUAAAGUUCAUUAUUUUCUGUAAUGUACUGAUAAACAUUAGACUUUCAUAUAUUUCAGAUUAAUUACAAACAACUUAAGUAGUUCAAGCCUUUUAUUGUUUUAAUAUUGAUAAUUUUGGCAAAAAAGUCAAGAAAAAACAAAAAUCUCUAUCUCAAAAAAUUAGCAUAUUUCAUCCGACCAAUACAAAAAAAAGUGUUUUUUAACAUAAAAUAAAUCAACCUUCAAUAAUUAUAUCACCCAUGCACUCAAUACUUGGUCGUGAAUUCUUUUGCAGAAAUGACAGCUUCAAUGCGGCUUGGCAUGGAGGCAAUCAGCCUGUGGCACUGCUGAGGUCUUAUGGAGGCCCAGGAUGCUUCGAUAGUGGCCUUAAGCUUAUCCGCAAGGUAGGGUCUGGUGUCUCUCAACUUCCUCUUCACAAUAUCCCACAGAUUCUCUAUGGGGUUCAGGUCAGAAGAGUUGAGCACAGUAAUGCCAUGGUCAGUAAAUCAUUUACCAGUGGUUUUGGCACUGUGAGCAGGUGCCAGGUCGUGCUGAAAAAAAAUCUUCAUCUCCAUAAAGCUUUUCAGCAAAUGGAAGCAUGAAGGGCUACAAAAUCUCCUGGUAGCAAGCUGCAUUGACCCUGUCCUUGAUAAAACACAGUAGACCAACACCAGCAGCUUAUAUGGCACCCCAGACCAUCACUGACUGUGGGUACUUGACACUGGACUCCAGGCAUUUUGGCAUUUCCUUCUCCCCAGUCUUCCUCCAAACUCUGGCACCUUGAUUUCGAAAGACAUGUAAAAUUUGCUUUCAUGGGAAAAAAGUACUUUGGACCACUGAGCAACAAACCAGUGCUGCUUCUCUGUAGCCUAGGUCAGGCGCUUCUGCCACUGUUUCAGGUUCAAAAGUGACUUGACCUGGGAAAUGCGGCGUCUGUAGCCCAUUUCCAGCACACACCUGUGCACGGUGGCUCUGGAUGUUUCUCCUCCAGACUCAGUCCACUGUUUCUGCAGGUCCCCCAAGGUCUGGAAUCAGUCCUUCUCCACAAUCUUUCUCAAGGUGCGGUCACCUCUUCUGACUGUGGAGCGUUUCCUGCUACACUUUUUACUUCCCACUGAGGUGCCUUGAUACAGCACUCUGGGAACAGCCUAUCCGCUCAGAAAUUUCUUUCUGUGUCUUAGCCUCUUGCUUGAGGGUGUCAAUGAUGGCUUUCUGGACAGCAGUCAGGUCGGCAGUCUUGCCCAUGAUUGCGGUUUUGAGUAAUGAACCAGGCUGGGAGUUUUUAAUAACCUCAGGAAUCUUUCACAGGGAUUUUGAGUUAAUUCGUUGAUUCAGAUGAUUAGGUUAGUAGCUUCUUUAGAGUACCUUUUCAUGAUAUGCAAAUUUUUUUAGAUCGGGAUUUUUGUUUUUUUCUUGACUUUUUUGCCAAAAUCAUCAAUAUUAAAACAAUAAAAGGCUUGAAGUACUUCAGUUGUGUGUAAUGAAUCUAAAAUAUAUGUAAGUCUUAUGUGUAUCGGUACAUUACAGAAAAUAAUGAACUUUAUCACAAUAUGCUAAUUUUUUUUAGAAGGACCGGUAUGUGGGAUUUAUUAAAUACUGAAUUGUACAUAGUUGGGGUCAAAUGUAAACAUGAGUGCUUGAUUGUCUGUUUGUGGCCUGCAAUUGACUGCUGACCAGUCCAGACUGUGCACUCAGGCAGGUCUACAGUCGAUACGAGUGACAUGUACAACCGCCCAGGGUGUCUGUCUCAAAGGGGCAGCAGCAGCAGAAAAAAAAAACAUCAAGAUCUUUCAUUAACUAUUUUGAGCAGCCAUUAACAUCUGAAGAUGCCAGGUUGAAUCAAAGUCAAGUCAAAGUCAGCUUUAUUGUCAUCUUCUUCACAUGCACAGGUCAUACAAAGAAAACGAAAUUGCGUUUCUCUCUCUAUCCCUAUGAAGGACACAUAACACAGGACCAGAGGUGGGUAGUAACACGUCACAUUUACUUGAGUAACUUUUUGAGAAAAAUGUACUUUGAAGAGUAGUUUUACAAAGCCAUAUUUUUUUACUUUUACUUGAGUAGAUUUGUGAAGAAAAAAUGCUACUCUUACUACUUUGGACUACACAAGAGUCGUUACAUUUUUCCUCUUUGUUCUUUAUAUUUGAUUUAUUUAUAAUCACAUGACUCCAUUAUACUAAUCAGACGCACGCAAGCUUGCCGUUCUAUGAUCACGCCAGCCUGUUUAGUCACGUGGCAUCCUUAAAGCGCUGUAAAAAAUGAAGUAUUUCACAUAGAGCGCUGCCCUCGAACUUGACUCGAAAGCGUGGAUUUUAACCUCUCUCCUCGUCUUUUUUUUUGGGCACCGAUUGACCUCGAAAAACCAGAGAUAUGAUCUUUUUAAUUUCAUAAUAGUAACUAUAAAGGAACUAUUCACUAUUCAAACUAGGAACUAUUGUCUAUUUUCUCCACUAGAUGGCACUUAUGCUCUUUGGACAAAUAAUGCUUCAUUUCCAAUUUUUUUUUUUUCUCUCACUGGAUUUUUUUUUUCUUUGGCUUAAUGUGGUUAUGUAAUGGGUUAUUGUACAGUAUCAUUGUAACAGCAGUUCAGAUAGACAACUUUGCGCUGAGAAAAAAAAUCAAACAAAAUUGUCAGCAGUUACUCACAAUGUUACUCCUUACUUGAGUAUUCUUUUCACCAAAUAUUUUUUUUACUUGUACUUGAGUACAUUUUUUGGAUGACUAUUUUUACUUUUACUUGAAUAACAUUAUAAGUAACGCCACUCUUACUUGAGUACAAUUUUUGGCUAGUCUACCCACCUCUGUAAAGGACUAACAUACAAUGGGGCAAAUAAGUAUUUAGUCAAAGAUGGGAGGGGCCACCGACCAGCCGCUUCUCAUACACCCUGGUCGCCAGCUGAUGAGGGCGGGAGCGCUGGUGCUUUUGCCACGCGCUCUCGAAAUAUAAAAUAUAUGUGUAUAUAUACAGUAAGUGAGACAUACCGCUACAUACAUUGGAAUACAAGCAUGACUUUUAAAAAUUGACAAAAGGACUAAUCGUAAUAUUAAUAAUCAUAAAGUGAUGUAGUGACAGGCAACAAUUGAGAUAGUCUGUAAUGGGAGGCAAGGGAUGGAGUACAACAUCUUGACGGCCUGGUGAAUGAAGCUGUUUGUCAGUCUGUUGGUUCUGGACCGGAGGCUCUUGUACCUCUUUCUAGAGGGCAGAAAGCUGAAAAAGUUGCUGGGUGUGUCACAUCUCUCACAAUUGUGACAGUCUUGUGAGUGAGGUGGGUGGUGUAGAUGUCCUGCAGGGAAGAAAGGAGAGCAUUGAUGAUCUUCCUUGAUGUGUUCACUAUAUGCUGCAGGGCUCUCCUGUUGUAAUCUGUGCAGCUCCCGCCCCAAAGAGUAAUGCAGCUGGUGAGGAUGCUCUCGAUGGUCCCUUUGUACAACAUGGCUAUAAUGGGUGGUGGGGCGAAUUAUAAAAAAUUGCACCCAUUGCUUGACAGAGAUAAACUGGCACCUUCAUCAGAUGUGAAUGCGAAAAGCUGGCCUAAACAACAAGUCUACUUUGUUUGUCCCUAUCAAAAGGCAAUGCAUGGGCAUUGAAAUUAAUGGUCCGGUAUAAUGGAAGUCUGGGUUUUGUUAACAAGCCAGCCAAAUUUGAUUUUAUGAAAACCUUUCUAA